GGUUAAGGCUAGAAUCCUGCUACCUGCACCUUUGCAUAGGGUGGACUUCGAAUAAGGAAGACUUGAAAUGCAUGGCUACGAGGAACAACCCGAGGGGGCAAGCGCCGGUGACGUCCAUAGGGGAUAGCCAGGUUGCAUCUCGGGGCUUGAGAGGCGGUAGGAGAGGCCGUGGAGGCCGUGGAGACUGCGGAAGCCGUGGAGGCCGUGGAGGUCAUCGGGCUCAAACCAUGAGCGAUGGACAUGUUAGCUCGGUGCACGGAACUCACACCGAGGAUUAUGACUCUACAUAUGUUCCCGAGACGGAACAUGAGGAGACCCCAUACGAUGGGGGUGACACAUACACUAAUGAGGACAAUGAUGAAAGUGAUGCCAAAUUCGCCCAGAUGGGUGAAUUGUUUGAGUGGUAUCAAAAGGAAAAGAUGAGGAGAGAUCUUAGGCGCCAAGCUAGGCGUGCCUCUCAGGGAGUUUCGGGUCAGGGAAGCCGGGGGGCUUCAGUGGCCAUUGCUGUGGCGACGCAG